AUGGCGGAACUUUAUAAAGCCAUAUCAACACUAGAAUUGCAACACAAAUGGACCCUCCUCAACGCAAUAUACGGAGAGCUCAUGGAGGCCAGGAGGGCCCUGAGAGAUCUCAUAGUGAAAAAACAUCUUCACUCUCUACAAAGCUCGAAAGGCUUCUCCUACGCCCAUGCUAAUAAGGGGGGUAAAUACCUGGCUAGGCUCCUGAAGGGCAAUGUACCUCGAACACAAAUCCGCAAACUACAGCUCGCAUCGGGCAAGAUCUCCCCCUUCCCUCAGGAGAUAGCAGAGGAGUUUAAAACCUUCUACCAAAGCCUUUACAAUCUCUAA